UUACAAAUCUUUCCUUCUCCACAAUCACCACCACCACAAGAACUAGAAAGAGAGAGAGAGACAAAAACCAAAAAACCAAAAACAAGAAAGAUCAAGAUUGAGAAAAAAUGUGUAGAGGUUUGAAUUUUAACGAAGAAGAGAGCAGGAGAAGAAGCGACGGAGGUGGUUGUCGGAGUCUUUGCACGAGACCGAGUGUUCCGGUUAGGUGUGAGCUGUGUGGCGGAGACGCCUACGUGUUCUGUGAGGCCGACUCGGCGUUUCUUUGUAGGAAAUGUGACCGGUGGGUUCAUGGAGCGAAUUUUCUAGCAUGGAGACAUGUUAGGCGCGUGUUAUGUACUUCUUGUCAGAAACUCACGCGCCGGUGUCUCGUCGGAGAUCAAGACUUCCACGUUGUUUUAUCGUCGGCGACUACGACCGUGGACGUGGAGGAGGAUAGAAGUGAAGAAGUUAGUAGUAGCAAUCAUGAGGUUCCUUUUGUGUUUCUCUGAUUUUUAGUUUUUUUUUUUUUCUUAUUUUUUGGUGUAAGAUAUAAUUUCAUUCCUAGGUUUUUUUUAAUGCAAUUUUCUAUUAAGAAAAAGUCUGGGAAAUUUUAAUUUUAUGAAGAUUAGUAUUUUAAGGAAAAUGGAAAAAUUGGGUAUUGGCUUAAAAUAGCAAAAAAAUCAAAAUAUCUGCAUUAUAUAAGAAAGGAAAGAAAGAAGGAUCGUUUGUUAUUGAGUUUUA